GGCGUGAUACUGGCGCUCGAGCGGAGGGUGAAGCGGCCCCGCGACUCACUGACGCCAGGCGGAGCAGAGGCGACACAAGCAGACGGAGCUCACAAGGAGGGACGGAGACGCGCCGAAACACCGCUAAACGAAAGAAGCUGCGUAGCCGGAGAACUCAGAGGCAGACCCCGUCGUUUCAGGGAGGAGGACCGCUUUCCCAUCAUGAACGUCACCUCGCUCUUCUCCUUCACCAGCCCGGCGGUCAAAAGGCUGCUGGGCUGGAAACAAGGAGACGAGGAGGAGAAGUGGGCAGAGAAGGCGGUGGACGCUCUGGUGAAGAAGUUGAAGAAGAAGAAGGGCGCCAUGGAGGAGCUGGAGCGGGCGCUCAGCUGCCCCGGCCAGCCCAGUAGCUGCGUGACCAUCCCGCGCUCCCUGGACGGACGGCUGCAGGUGUCACACAGGAAAGGCCUGCCGCACGUCAUCUACUGUCGGGUCUGGCGCUGGCCCGACCUGCAGUCCCACCACGAGCUGAAGGCGCUGGAGUGCUGCGAGUACCCCUUUGGCUCCAAGCAGAAGGACGUGUGUAUUAACCCCUACCACUACAAGCGAGUGGACAGUCCAGUGCUGCCCCCUGUCUUGGUGCCGCGCAACAGCGAGUACAACGCCAAGCACUCCAUGCUCUCUCGCUUCCGCAAUCCCUUGCAGCAGAACGAGCCCCACAUGCCGCAGAACGCCACCUUCCCCGAGUCCUUCACGCAGGCCAACACGAUGCCCUUCCCCAACUCGCCCGGCAACAGUUACCCAAACUCGCCCGGAAGUGGCAGCAACAUCACCUUCCCACACUCUCCGUCCAGCUCGGACCCUGGCAGCCCCUUCCAGAUGCCAGAGACUCCGCCUCCUGCCUACAUGCCUCCUGAGGAACAAAUGACCCAGGACUGUCCUCAACCCAUGGACACGAACCUCUUGGCUCCGCCCCUGCCCCUGGAGACCAACAACCGCAUAGACGUGCAGCCGGUGGCGUACGAGGAGCCCAAGCACUGGUGCUCCAUUGUUUACUACGAGCUCAACAACCGCGUCGGAGAAGCGUUCCAGGCCUCCUCCACCAGCGUGCUCGUCGACGGCUUCACCGAUCCGUCCAACAACCGCAACCGCUUCUGCCUCGGCCUUCUGUCCAACGUCAAUCGCAAUUCCACGAUCGAGAACACUCGGAGGCACAUCGGCAAAGGCGUCCACUUGUACUACGUCGGCGGUGAGGUCUACGCCGAGUGUCUCAGCGACAGCAGCAUCUUCGUCCAGAGCCGCAACUGCAACUACCAUCACGGCUUCCACCCGACGACUGUGUGCAAGAUCCCCAGCGGCUGCAGCUUAAAAAUCUUCAACAACCAGGAGUUUGCCGAGCUGCUGGCCCAGUCGGUCAACCACGGCUUCGAGGCCGUGUACGAGCUCACCAAGAUGUGCACCAUCCGCAUGAGCUUUGUUAAGGGAUGGGGAGCAGAGUACCAUCGCCAGGAUGUGACCAGCACCCCCUGCUGGAUUGAAAUACACCUGCACGGUCCACUUCAGUGGUUAGACAAAGUGCUAACCCAGAUGGGAUCCCCCCACAACCCCAUAUCCUCUGUGUCCUAGGCCCAGUGGUAGCCGUCCUGAUGCCCAGCGUUUUGGUUUUAGUAGCAAAUAAACACAGUGGCAGGUCCCGAUCCGUUGGUGAUUCCGACAAUCGCUUUGGUCCGAUUGGCCGAAGCACAAACUGAUCUGAGGCCUGUAGAGUAGAGCGGGUUGUUUCAAUUGUUUGGUUUGUCGCCUACUUGAAGGACGUCUGAAAUUGGGCUUACAAACUGGGAGAGGAGGUGGCAAAGUGAUGCAACUGGAAGAUACUUGAGCUUUGUGACCAACUGUAAUAAUCUGUCCACCGCAACAGUGGUGACGCAAGGUGUUCUCCCUGCUCUGGCUCAGACGUCGACAAGACUGAUUCGAAUUAGGCCCUCCCAAAUCUGCCGCACGUGUUGCUGAUAACUGUAGAGCACGACGAAGAGACUUACUCACCUGCGAGAAAACAAGAGAGUUGUUUACUGGUCAUAGAAGAUGCAGCUUAACACGUCAAGAUUUUGUGAAGUACGAGUUAACCGUGAGGGCUUGGCACAAAAAGGGCAUUUUUACAUGGAUGGAUUGUUAAGUGGCGCUCAUCUUGUGUUACACUAGUGCUUCCAGAACAUUCAAGUAGAUACUCCUCGAGUAGAACAUGUGCUGUGCCGUCUGGUUUGGCCCACUCGGGUUCGUGCAGCGACCCACGUGUGCGCCACGCAGAAGCCGGUGUGGCUUCAUUCGUCCAAAAACUGUUUACGAAAGUGAGAAACAUACGGUCACUUCUAACAGCUCUGCUCUCAUCUGUUCUUACAUGAGCUGAGCAGGAUUUGUACUGCAAUGACUGUCGUGGGAAAGUACCAUUUGGAAAAGGUUUUCCAUUACUGAUGUGUUUGUUUUUUAAGUCCGAGCAGAUUUUGCCAUGAAUUUCUUUUGUGCCUUUGAUCAAUGUUACUGUCUAUUAAACUCAAUACAUUCUAUUUGUAUUUUUAAACUCUGUUCUCUUUGUCUGCACUUUCAUGCCUACUUUUUUUUUUUUAGUUGUUCUUUUUACUCCUCCUUAUUUUCCAGCUUCUGCGCAUUAAACCUCCCAGAGAAGCAGUUUUAUUCCAUGAAUAUCAAGUCUCUACUGGAAGAUUCAAAUAAAAGUGUU